CCGGAAGUACGCGUGCUGUUAUUGUCAACAAAAACCAAGACAAAAAGGCGUUUCUCUGGUAGUUUUGUUAUAUCCGCCAUUCAUUUACUUUUGCUUGAAGGAAGUCCGAAACUUAUUUUAAGGACAAUAUGGCAGAACCCCACUUUCCUUUUCCCUCCCUGGGCUUCUUAGUUCCUCCUCUCCGGAUUAUGUCAGCCUUCAUGUGGAGGGUGGUACAUCAGGGGAACACAAAGCAUUAUGGGAAACUGGAGGAGUUUGUAUCCAUGGUUACUGAGGAGGUUCCAGAACUCCUUAACAACAAACAGAAGUGUCUGCUCAUCCUGGCUCUCAGAGGACGGAUGACACUACAACUGCUACGAUCUGGACGUCCUGAUGAUCUCAAGGCUGUUCAAACCCACCUGGACGGACUAAGAUCACAUGGUGUUAAACAGUCAAAUGAUGCAGUGAUUGAAUCUGCUGAAACCAACUUCCUGAAACUGGUUGAAAGCCUUCUAGAAGAUCCAGAGGAGAGGGAACACUUCUUCAGGGUGGUGUUCCCGGUGGAGUAUGGUCCUAACUUUGAAAUGGCGCUGCAGGCUCUGGUGUGUCACUUCCUGUCUAGACUGGAGGAGCUGUUGCCGGUCCCAGACUUCAAACAGACUGCUUCGUUGAUCAGUGCUGCCCCCUCUGUUCUGGAGGACUACAUGCGCUGUGUCUCCCAUGAUGAUCUGAACUCCCUGUUACACAACCAGCAGUAUCAUGGGAACCUCAAACUACCCCAGAGUGCUCCCACUCAGACAGAGGACCGCCUCCUCCACUCCUUGUCCUUCCCUUUCAUUAGUGGCCAAUCAACAGCAAGUUUGGAUAAAUACCAGAAUGAAUCUGAUUUGGUACGAAAUGACGGAUGUUCUCAAAGCGAAAGCAAGCAGAAGGCAGUAAAGGAGGGAGAUGUGGAAAGACCAAGUGUAAGAUUGGUGUCUGAGGACAGAGGAAAAGCAGUAAACAUUGACCCUGAGCAUCAGUACCCAAAGAGCACCAAUGCCUGUCCUCAGAUUGUACUACAACUCCAGGUCCCAUCAACCAGCCCCCAAGCUGCCCUUAACUCCACCUCAUCUCAGGACGCUACAUCUUCUUCAUCCACCAUGACACAAGGAACUAUAACCUCCACUAACCCUACAACCAGUAUAUCCCCCUCCACCACCCCUACCAUGUCUUCCCCCAGUUGUACCCCUGGUUCGUCAGAUCAACCUCCACGCCGGGUGGCCCAUAAAUGUCCCCAGUGUGGUCGCUGUUUCAUCUACCGCUACAAGAUGUUAGAACACCAGCGUCUCCACACGGGGGAAAACCCGUACAAGUGUUCCCAGUGUGGCAAGACUUUCAGAAGGUCCUCCGACAUGUCGACCCAUCGCCGGACCCAGUGCUCCAACGCAGCUUAUGUUUGUAUUAAAUGUGGGAGCACCUUUGGGUCGGUCAGGGAGAGGGUCAGCCAUCGCUGUGCUGGUAGCCGUGGCCGUUCACAGCCUGGACAGAAGUUUGGGUGUCCUCAUUGUGGGAGGAGCUUCAAGUGGCGGAGGUCGUUACGAAGACACCUGGUAACCCACGUCAAGGAAACCGACUUCAGUUGCAGGUACUGUGGCGAGGGCCCGUUCCCUGGCAUCACUGAGUUGAGGGCCCACCAGAAGGUCCAUGAUGGAGAGGAGAAGCCCUUCCAGUGUAAGAAGAUCCAUGGUGGAGAGAUCUGUAAAAUGGUCCAAACUGGAGAGAAACCAUUCCAGUGUCAACAGUGUGGGAGGGGCUUUAGCUCAAAGGCUUCUCUGCACAACCAUGAGCAGCGCUACUCCACAAAGAAGUCCCAUAUCUGCCCAAGCUGUGGGAAGGCCUUCAGGUGCAAAGGCAACCUGAAGAUACACAUGAGGACCCACACCGGUGAGAGACCGUACCACUGCACCUACUGUGACAAGCGUUUCUCCAUGAGGGGGAACUUGACUAUUCACAUACGGACUCACACAGGGGAGAAACCCUUCCUCUGCUCUGACUGUGGCAAGGCCUUCUGCUCUGCAGGGGAGCUGCAGAUACACAGGAGAACACACACUGGGGAGAGACCAUACAAAUGCACCGUCUGCCAGAAAGGAUUCACCAUGGCUGGUCAGCUAACUCUACACACACGACUUCACACAGGAGAACGACCGUAUGUCUGUCACCAGUGUGGGAAAGCGUUUCGUCGUGGCGCGGAGUUGAAGAAACACGUUCUGAAUCACACCGGAGUGCGACCGUUCCCCUGCGAUCUCUGUUCUAAGACUUACACCUGUCAAAAUCACCUGAAGAGACAUUUAAAGACCCACAGUUCCAAGUCUCUGGAUAUUACCAAGCAGUCGUCUGUAGCUGCAGUAUAGCUACAACACAAGGAGACUAAAUAUUAUUUUAAGGAUGUCACGGGGAAGUUAUUCUGUUUCUGGGAUUUGUUUGCCCUGUACAGUACAGGUCUAUAGAUGUUAUAUACAGCUGCUCCUGUACAGUCAGUGGAAUUAAGAAUUAACUUUAAAAUGAAACUCUUGUAUUUUUUAAUGGCAUGGACAUAUGAUGGGUUGUCCUUUUUGAAGCCGUGUUUUGGUCAUGGUUGACCGACUGUUAAAAUGAUCUUUCUGGGAGUGUGUGUGUGUGUGUGUGUGUGUGUGUGUGUGUGUGUGUGUGUGUGUGUGUGUGUGU